GCCUUCCCCAGAUCCGCGUCCAGGACGCGCGCGCGGGCCGUGCGGUGCCAGGGCCGGGUCUCCACGCUCCCUCGGGGAUGCUGGGGCCUCCGAGGGCUCCGGAGGCGGCCGAGAGGAGGGACGAGGAGGCGCGGCUGUGAGUCGGGGGCGGGGACCCGGCGCCAGAGAGGCCAUCCCGCCCGCCCCCAAACGCGCGGUCCCGGUUUUCCCGCGCGGUGGCGGAGUCUGGGCUCCGCGCAGGGGAUCCCGCCCCUCCCCCGGCCGCCGGGCGCCCCCACGCCCACGUGAGCGCAGGGCGGGCCCCCAGCCCUCCGGCUGCACACCGCGUCCCGGCUCCGCGCGGGUGUCACCGCUGUGAGGUCCCCGCGGCCCCGGCCGGGCGUUUCUCCGGCUUCUGCGCCAGCGGCGGCUGCUCCACUCCGGCAAAGCGCGCAGGCCAAGGCGCGGGCGGGCCGCCCCGCCGCUCCGGACGCGGGUAGACCAUGAGUAGCCAUGGCAACAGCCUGUUUCUGCGGGAAAGCGGCCAGCGGCUGGGCCGGGUGGGCUGCCUGCAGCGGCUGCAGGAGAGCCUGCAGCAGAGAGCGCUGCGCACGCGCCUGCGCCUGCAGACGCUGACCCGGGAGCACGUGCUGCGCUUCCUGGGCCGCAACGCCUUCAUCCUGCUGACCGUCAGCGCGGUGGUCAUCGGGGUCAGCCUGGCCUUUGCCCUGCGCCCGUACCAGCUCACCUACCGCCAGAUCAAGUACUUCUCUUUCCCUGGGGAGCUUCUCAUGAGGAUGCUGCAGAUGUUGGUGCUGCCUCUCAUUGUCUCCAGCCUGGUCACAGGCAUGGCAUCUCUGGACAACAAGGCGACAGGACGGAUGGGCAUGAGAGCGGCCGUGUACUACAUGGUGACCACAGUCAUCGCAGUCUUCAUUGGCAUCCUCAUGGUUACCAUCAUCCACCCGGGGAAGGGUUCCAAGGAAGGGCUUCACCGCAAGGGCCGGGUGGAGCCCAUCCCCACAGCUGAUGCCUUCAUGGACCUGGUCAGAAAUAUGUUUCCACCCAACCUUGUGGAGGCCUGCUUCAAACAGUUCAAGACACAAUACAGCACCAGGGUGGUUACCAGGACCAUUGUGAGGACAGAGAAUGGGUCUGAGCUGAGCGCCUCCAUGUCCCCUCCAUCCUCAGUGGAGAACAGCACCAGCUUCCUGGAAAACGUCACCAGGGCCUUUGGCACCCUGCAGGAGGUGCUGAGCUUCGAGGAGACUGUACCGGUGCCCGGCUCGGCCAAUGGCAUCAAUGCCCUGGGCCUCGUGGUCUUCUCUGUGGCCUUUGGGCUGGUCAUUGGUGGCAUGAAGCAUAAGGGCCGAGUCCUGCGGGACUUCUUUGACAGCCUCAAUGAGGCUAUUAUGAGGCUGGUGGGCAUCAUUAUCUGGUACGCACCUGUGGGCAUCCUUUUCCUGAUUGCUGGGAAGAUAUUGGAGAUGGAAGACAUGGCCGUCUUGGGGGGCCAGCUGGGCAUGUACACCCUCACCGUCAUCGUGGGCUUGUUCCUCCAUGCUGGUGGCGUCCUCCCCCUCAUCUACUUCCUUAUCACCCACCGGAACCCCUUCCCCUUCAUCGGGGGCAUGCUGCAGGCUCUCAUUACUGCCAUGGGCACGUCUUCCAGCUCUGCCACACUGCCCAUCACCUUCCGUUGCCUGGAGGAGGGCCUGGGUAUUGACCGCCGCAUCACCCGGUUUGUGCUACCCGUGGGGGCCACUGUCAACAUGGAUGGCACUGCUCUCUACGAGGCCCUGGCUGCCAUCUUCAUUGCCCAAGUCAACAACCAUGAGCUCAACCUGGGCCAGAUUACAACCAUCAGCAUCACGGCCACAGCAGCCAGCGUUGGUGCUGCUGGCAUCCCCCAGGCGGGCCUUGUCACCAUGGUAAUUGUGCUCACAUCGGUUGGUUUGCCCACGGAGGACAUCACGCUUAUCAUAGCUGUGGAUUGGUUCCUUGACCGGCUUCGCACAAUGACUAAUGUCCUGGGGGACUCAAUCGGAGCGGCUGUCAUUGAGCAUUUGUCCCAGCGCGAGUUGGAGCUGCAGGAAGCUGAGCUCACCCUCCCCAGCCUGGGGAAGCCUUACAAGUCACUGCAGGAGAAGGGGGCAUCCAGAGGACGGGGAGGCAACGAGAGUGCCAUGUGAAAGCCUCCGCUCUGCUGCCAAGAGAGGAGGGAAGGGAGCUGGGGAGGAGAGUCUGGGUGAACACCCAUGGCCUGGUUGACCUGCCAGUGAUCACACAGGUUCUGCUUCACUUGUUAGGGGGGAAACUGAGAUAAAGGAGCAGGAAUGAAAGAUGUCCAAGAUCUCUGUUUCUGAGCUUACUGAGAGCUAGAGGGAAGGUGGUGAGCAAGGAAGGGGAGGGAAUGAAUGAUUCCCUGGGUUUGGAAGAAAGAAGACUUCAAAUUCAACAAGGAGAGGGGUCAGCUCAUGUCCCUGUUUUCUCAAAAAGUGGCAGAUCUGAAGAGAAUAAAGGAAAACCACUGUUUCUCAUAAUUAAACAGUAUCCACGCCUACUGCGGUGGGGACCUACAGGCCACCUUCAGGUUUGAUGAUUCACUAGGAGUCACAGAACUCACUGAAGCCAUGUUACUUAUGGUUAUGGCUUAUCUGAGUGAAAGGAUACAGAUUAAAAUGAUUAAAAGCAAAAAGUAGAUCAGGCAGAGUCCAGGAGAGACCAGGUAUGAGCUUCCAGUUGUUCUUGUCCGGUGGAAUUGUGUAGACAUGCUUACUUCACUGAGUAACUUCGUGUGACAUGUACAAAGUAUUGCCAAUCUGGGAGGCUCACCUGAGCCUUGGUGUCCAGCUUUUUUUUCAAUUAAAGUUUUCAUUUUGAAAUAACAUCAAAUUUCCAGGACAGUUGCAAAAAUAAUAAAAACCAAUAUAGAGAUACCCCUCCCCUACCAGAUACUCAGAUCCACCAAUUUUAACAUUUUGAUACAUUUGCUGUAUUAUUCUAUCUAUCUAUCUAUCUAUCUAUUUAUCUAUCUAUCAUUUAUCUAUUUCUCCAU